CAGUGUUUGUGCCGAUUGCAGUUUUAAUCUAAAUAUAAAAACGAAAUCUUAGGAAAUUGUUUAUGGCCCGAUUCGGAAGGAAAAUAGGCAACAAUCCCGCGCCGAUGACGAGAACUCCCCAGAGAGAUAUUGUGACGGGAAUGAUGACAAUCGGGAUCAUGCGCCGUCUCUCCAUCGUUAUUGUGCUCUUCCUGCUGCUCCACCUUCCAGCAGCAUUCGUGGCAGCCGAAGUGACAGACGAAGUGGGAGCCGAACUAAGAGCCGAUGCAGCUGUCGAUGCAACAAAAGCAUCGUUCCCCGUUAUCCAAAGCGCGACAGAAGACAGAACACGAACGGGAGUCGGAACGGGGGGGGGAAGGAAGACCGAUUCAUCUGCCGGAAGGGGGUCGGCAGUGAUCUCGUUGCUGGGCUCUGGCGACGUCGCGGGAGCGGAAAUACUCGCACCAGACGCCGGCGACCACUGCCCGGCGGGCUACUUCCACUGCAACGCGACCGCGCAGUGUGUGCCGCAGCGCGCCAACUGCGACGGCAGCGUCGACUGCGAUGACGGAUCCGACGAGUGGGACUGCAUGAACGAGGUGGAUGCGCGUUACUGGGAUCAUCUUUACCGAAAGCAGCAUUUCGGCCGGCACGACGACAUACCGAUUGGCGAGUGCUUGUGGCGCAACGAGAACUUCAGCUGUCCCUGUCGCGGUGACGAGAUACUCUGCCGCUUCCAGAUGCUGACGUCCCUGCCCGUGCACUUGCCGCAACACGAUCUGGCAGCACUGGAUCUAACAGGAAACAAUUUCGAAAUCAUUCACGAGACGUUCUUCAGUUUGCUGCCAAAUCUGGAGAGUUUAGUCCUGAAGUUCUGCUCAAUCCGCGAGAUUGCCUCGCAUGCACUUGAUCGCCUGGCCGCCAUCCCACUGAGGACCCUCUAUAUGGACGAUAAUAAAUUGUCGCAUCUGCCGGAACACUUCUUCGCCGAGGGCAAUCAAUUAAGGAUUCUUAUUUUGGCACGCAACCGCCUGCACAGCCUCAAUCGGAGCGAUUUCCAGCACUUGCCUCAUCUGCAGGAGCUGGAUCUGCGGGGCAAUCGUAUCGAACACUUCAAGGCCGAGGUCUUUGCCCAGCUCCACAGUCUGGAAGUGCUAUAUCUGAACGAGAACCGCAUCCAGCUGCUGGCACCGGAUAUGUUCCCCAGGACCCUGCUCAAUUUGCACACCUUAUCGCUGGCCCAGAAUCGAAUCGCGGAGAUAGCCACCAACACAUUUCCAUUUCCCCUCCUGCGAUACUUAUUUCUGGCUGGCAACAGAUUGUCCCACAUACGGGACGAAACCUUCUGCAAUCUCAGCUAUCUCCAAGGAUUGCACUUGAACGAGAACCGCAUCGAGGGGUUCGACCUGCGGGCCUUUGCGUGCCUGGAAAGUCUCAGCUCUCUGCUCCUAACGGGCAAUCGUUUUCAGACCCUCGAUCCGCGAGUCCUUCAGAACCUGAGCAGCCUGGACUACAUUUAUUUCUCGUGGUUCCAUUUGUGUCGCGCCGCCCUGCACGUGAGGGUCUGCGAUCCGCAUGGCGAUGGCAUCAGCAGCACCUGGCAUCUGCUGGAUAAUCAGAUACUUCGCGGCAGUGUUUGGGUUAUGGCCUCCAUUGCUGUGGUGGGCAACCUGCUCGUCCUUCUGGGCAGAUACUUCUACAAGUCGCGCAGCAAUGUUGAGCACUCGCUAUAUCUCCGACAUCUGGCAGCCAGCGACUUCCUCAUGGGCAUCUAUCUGACGCUGAUUGCCUGUGCGGACAUCACCUUUCGCGGGGAGUACAUCAUGCACGAGGAGGCCUGGCGGCACAGCGGAAUCUGUGCGUUUGCAGGUUUUCUGAGCACCUUCAGCUGCCAAUCGUCGACCCUGCUGCUCACGCUGGUCACUUGGGACCGCCUGAUGUCCGUCACACGGCCCCUGAAGCCACGGGAUACGGAAAAGAUUCGAAUCGUCCUGCGACUGCUGCUGCUGUGGGGCGUAAGCUUUGGCCUGGCGGCGGCUCCGUUGCUGCCCAACGCCUACUUCGGCAGCUACUUCUAUGGCAACAACGGUGUGUGCCUCUCGUUGCACAUUCACGAUCCCUAUGCCAAGGGCUGGGAGUACUCGGCGCUGCUGUUCAUCUGCGUCAACACAAUGUCGCUGGUCUUCAUACUGUUCUCCUACGUGCGAAUGUUACAGGCAAUACGAGACUCGGGCGGCGGCAUGCGGAGCACACACAGCGGACGCGAGAAUGUGGUGGCCACGCGCUUUGCCAUCAUUGUGACCACCGAUUGUGCCUGCUGGUUGCCCAUCAUCGUGGUGAAGGUGGCUGCUCUUUCAGGUUGUGUCAUCUCACCGGAUCUCUAUGCCUGGCUGGCGGUGCUGGUGCUGCCCGUUAACUCGGCCCUCAAUCCCGUGCUGUACACACUGACGACGGCGGCCUUUAAGCAGCAAUUGCGCCGUUAUUGCCACACUUUGCCCAGCUGCUCGCUGGUGAACAAUGAGACCCGCUCUCAGACCCAGACCGGCUACGAGUCCGGCCUCAGCGUGAGUCUGGCUCACCUGGGCGGCACUGGCGGUGGUGGGUCUGGUCGCAAGCGGCUGUCGCAUCGUCAAAUGAGCUAUCUGUAAAGUGUGGCAUGACUG